AUGUUCGAUGUUCGAGGGAUCAUCUCCCAGCAGCACCUCACCCCAACCAGUGCUACGAAUCUUCCAAGACCGCCCCGAAGAACCCUAAUUGCGACCUCACACCAUCGCAGCUGGGAAGUCUCCCCGAACAACGACACAACCACCUACUGGAACCACUACCUUCGCACACGUCCCACCUACCCAGCCUCUUUCUACAACCAGAUCUACACCUCAGCCUCAGGCUCAUCCACGGCACCAACCUUCACCCUCGCCCACGACAUCGGCCCCGGCCCCGGCCACGUCGCAUACGCCCUCUCCCACAAAUUCCCCACGUCAACGUCAGCGACAUCGACCCCCGCCACCUCACCUACGCCCAAAACCUCCACACCACCCACUCCCCCUACCACCAACGCAGCCACCCCGCAGUUCACCUACACACUCACCCGCGCCGAGCACCUCGCCGCACACUUGCCACCCGCCUCCGCCGACCUCAUCCUCAGCGCCCUCAUGUUCCCCCUCCUCCCCGACCUCGCUACCGCCCUCCACGCCUUCCACACCGUCCUCAAACCCAACGGCGCCGGGACCCUGGCCAUCUCGUUCAACCGCCUCCCACACUUCUCCGAGUUACCGUACGCAGCCUCAUGCCAGCCGCUGCUCGACGGGAUCGUGGACCGGCUGUAUCAGUCCGUCAUCCUGCGGCCCACCGUGGCGCAGCGCGCAAGCUACAAGCGUGAAGCGGAUGCCGCAGCCAGCUGGUUGGAUUGUAUUGCGUUUCCGGCGGGGGAGUGGCGGGCUGUGCAGCGGUAUACCUGGAAUCGCGAGUGGGCGCGGAUGGGGUUCUUUUCGGGGCGGGCCGGGGGGGUUUGUGGUUGA